AAACAAAUCUGAGCUUUGUAGAACUUACCGUACCUUAAGAUUCAAGUCUGCUCAUUGAUAAGACAUUGUUAGUGCUAUCUCUGUGGUAUAGUAACUAUAUAGAUAUUUACCUGUCAUCGCACACCUGGCCAAGAGGAUCGACUCAGUUAAUUUGGACACACCUGGUCGCUAAUUGGGUGCAAAGUGUCUGCUAUUGGAUCAUAAUAUACCCGAAAAUUGCAGCAUAUUUUGUGGACAUUCACUUUACAAUAGUUGUUGCUUUAUUGCUGUUUUUGUGAAAAGGAACGUGUAUAGUUGUCCAUUGAGUUUCCCAAUGGGAGGGACCUGACCUUGGUGCUGUCCAAAGUUAUAACAAGGGGCAGGUGUAACAAACAUUUACCGGGAGGUGACACGCGAGCACGCGGGUCAAUAAAUCAUUCCCAUUAUUACCCGUUCAAGUGGAGUUGGAUGAUUUUCACUUUUCAUUUUCUCGUGGAUUAUAUACAGAGACACUGAAGUCAAAUUUGUGUGGUGUGCUGUGAUUUUAUUACACGGUUGUUGGUCAGUUUUAUCAUUCGGCCAAUCUGACAGUAUGCUGGAAGUAGACAGUUACCGCAGAACGUUCCAUUCAACAGGUUAUGACCCAAGGGUCCCUAUGUCAGAGAUGCCCGACCUCGGGGGCCUACACGAGCCUUACCCCUACCACGCCAUGUCCGCAGUCAACAAACCAGAGAAACAGACUCCCCUGGUCCACUGGUCCCCUCCACACGCCACUCCAGUCUCUCCUACACCAGAAAAUGGCGCCAAAUCAGACGAAGACGUAGACGAUGACGAUGAUGAUUGCCGUCCGUUCACCCCACCCCCACCCAGGGAACGGCUCAGUUACACCCGCUACCAACUGGAAAUGCUGAACGGUAUCUACAUCCGGGUCCGCUAUCCCAACAGUACACAGAAACUCCUGAUUGCAAAACGGGUCGGCAUCACCAGAGAACAAGUCAAGAUUUGGUUUCAAAAUAGACGACGAAAAGACGUUGUCGGCAAGAAGAAAGAUGGAUCCGAAUCUGACUGUAGUAAGAGCGAUCACAGCGACACCAGAAGUGACAACGGCGAUACCAGGAGUGACAACGGUGAAAGUAAGGGCGACAACUGUGACAGUGAUUCUGGCGUGAGCGAGGAGAACGGAGCCCUCAUGGUACCUGAAGUGGUUAUGAAAAGUGUUAUCGCAGAAUUACACAAGUUUGAGAAGGAACCAGUAAAGUCAAAGAAAUUGAAAAAGAAAAUGAAAGCAUCUAGAAAGAAAGCGAAAAAAGUCGUCAACACACAACAGUUUCAGAGUAUGCUGCUCGGUAGUGGGUACGACAUGAUAUCACCACCAAACCAGGUCAUAGCAUCGGCUCCCCCAAAGGUGACAGGGACCACCAAGUUCAACCAUUCCGAGGAUAUGUCGGCAUUUGGCACUCCGAAGGAGGGGAUGCGUCCGGUUAGUUACAUGGAAGGUUACGGAAAUCCUCUGACCAGCUCAAUGUUGUCAUCAGUACCGAUGCGAGAUAUGCCCGCGGGACACCCUAGUGUGAAUGCUUCACUUGGCUGCGAUAUGCCCGUUCUUUCUGACCUGCUGAACUACACUAAGGCGGGUGGUGAAACACCCAGUUCACGCCCACAGGAACAUCUGCAACGAGUAAGCGAACCUCCCAUGAUGCAUCACCACAGUAAUCAUACCUCUCCGAACAGUGGCUUUUAUCCAAAUGUCAGAAAUGGCCAACCGUCCAUGCCGAUGUCUUCCGCAGUUCUCAGUCGUGUGUACCCUUUCCCAUUUAUUGCUGAGCACCCCAUGUUGUUCUCCUCGUUACGUCACAACAUGGAGCCUUGUCGCCCCCAGCCACAGUAUCCAGGCGGUCAUCAUUACAAUGAAGACUACACCCUGUUCCAGCCAUACAACAUCACAUCUCUAGCUAAUCCCUACUACUCACAGACAUCACCCUGGUCACAACACAAUUCGAGUGCCGAAAGUAACGGUCCAUUCCAGCAGUUAUGAUGCUGAAGGAUCACGCAGAGAUGUCAUAUUCAACACUGUGCUCACACACACGACAUCGCCACUCCAAAUGUCCCUCAUGCGAGCAAGCGACAUUACACAUAAUGCUGUGUUAUCACAUGCCAUCAUCACAAUAUGCUGAAUUGCUCUCCGAAAAUACAACUAGUCCUCUCGACGCUGAUAAUUGCCGGCUGGUACAAAAUAUGGAACACACUUUCACCUUAUCCAUGACAACAGUGAUAUGUGUUGUUUCUUCCUUUUACUAUGCCAUACUCGACUGCAUCCUCUUGAAACUGUUCUAACAAGGACAGGGUACCAAGUUAUUUUCCGCGUCGAGUCCCGUGGUCUGUUUGACCAAGACUUUGUGUAAUUGGAGUGUGGACGUUUUCUUAUUCCUUUGAUGGAAUAAGGCAUUCGAGUUUGGUGCCUUCCGGUGAAACCGGAAAUAGACAUAUUUCAACUCGACAAUCUCAGGUGCUAUCUGUUAUUCUUGUUUAUGUUUACGCCAUGUUUGUUUUAAUAAAACUAUAUAUUAAUGUAUAAACAA